AUGUUCGUGUUUGUUUUCUAUGCUGCAGCAACAUUAAUAUCAUACGUAACCGCAGAGAGCUGCUAUUACCAGCGUUGUUUGGGCUGUUACCCACAAGAAACUGAAUGGCACGGUUCACCUGUUGAGUGCCAUCCUUCAAACUGGGUGUCAGCACAAUGGUUUCACAACAUCGGCCAUCUUCCACCGACAACAGAUUCAAAAAUUCCUAUAGAAUAUCGCUGUUUAAAAAUGGUCGCUACACCGGAUAAUAAAUCUUUUGGUAACACAGUUGACGUUAUCCGGGGCUGCGUGCCACGGCCACAAGUAGAUUCGGUCUGCCUCGGUUUAGUAGCAGUAGAGCGUGCCAGGGGCCACAGCGACGCGCGCUGUACAAUUUGCAACAGGAACAAUUGUAAUGCAGCCGUGCGUAUAGAUGCCAUGAUAGCAACGCCUAUCGCAAUUCUCAUACUCUAUUACGUGUUGAGGUGA